AUGAAACUCAGCAAGCCAUUCGUCUUGAAAGCUGUUCAGAGUGUCAAUAAAGAUUUUCAUAAGCGAAUUGAACUGAUGAAGCAAACCAAGCAGAAUGUUAAGCCUGAAGAUUCAGCCGUCCCUGAGAAUGAAGCAGAUGGACCAGAGAUAGUCCCAGAAAUCCCGGGUAACAAUGAUACCGAGGAGCUGGAGAAUAGUAAGAAACGGAAACUUGAGGAUCCACCAGUUACAAAAGCUACAAACUUAGACCUAUUAGAGACUAACUCUACUGAGAGACGGAUGUCAUGGGCGUUCUGGAACUCUUCUGCUGAGUCCAAGCAGCAAAGUACCGAUAGUUCUGAUAAGGUGAAAAGUAACGUAAAAGAGGAAGUGGCAAAAGAACCUUUAAAGGAUAGAAGCCAUUCAUGGUCGUUCUGGGUGUCGAAACAUGAACAAGCAGUGUAUCCAUUUCAACCGAAUGUGAUUGUAAGGUCUACUGCAACCAAAUUCGACGCUGCGAAGUCUGAACCAUCUGGCCCUGUGUCGGGGCCUAUUCCGGGAUCUGUGAUGGGACCUGUGUCGGGACCUGCAUCGGGACCUGUGUCGGGAUCCGUUUUGGAAUCGGGGUCGCAAUCUGUAAGAGAAAUGUCCAAAAAAAGAGAAAAUAAACGACCUAAUUUGAUUGUUCCAUCCUUUAGAGAGACGUUGCCUCCUUCUACGGCAUUUACUACGCUGGUAUCAGGUAUUAAGCGUGCCAAAGUGAUGCUGGGAUAUACUGGAGAGAGGCAGAAGCACCUAUAUAGGCGCAACACAGCAAAAAUAUUCAAAAGAGUGCUUAUUAUUGGAGUACAUGGCUUCUUUCCUACCAGAGUCCUCAGACGGUUCAUAGGAGAGCCCACGGGAACAUCUAUGAAGCUUGCUCAAGUGGCGGAAGGAGCCGUUCUGUCAUGGGCUUCUGAUAAUAAUAUGGAGGUGGAAAUCCAGAAAAUAGCACUUGAAAAGGAAGGUAAGAUCUUUGAUCGUGUAGACUUCUUUUACGAGGUGUUGAAACAGUCGGCUGAAGAUAUUAAACAGGCGGAUUUCAUCUUUGUCUGUGCACAUUCUCAAGGAACUCCUGUUUCAAUUAUGCUAAUGUCUAAGCUACUUGAAUACGGUAUCAUUGAUGAAGAUAAACGUAUAGGCAUUUUAGGUAUGGCCGGUAUUAAUAACGGACCCUUCUAUGGAAUGGAGCAGUCUCUGUUAGUUCGAGCUUAUUCGACUUUCGAAAAUGAAUCCAUGUUAGAACUGUUUCAAUUCCAAAACUUUGAGAGUCUUCAAAGUCGCAAGUACUUGGAGAGUGUAAGGAACUUGGUUUGCCAUAAUACCAAGAUAACUUAUGUGGGGUCUAUUGAUGAUCAAUUGGUUCCAUUAUACUCUUCUAUAGCAUCUCAUGUCAAACAUCCAAACAUAUAUAAAGCUGUAUAUAUUGAUGGAGGUUCUGAUACACCAGAUUUUGUGGCUAGAAUACUCAAAAUAUCGUGUAUGCUUCAGAAUCUUGGAUAUUCUGAUCAUGAUGUUAUCAAGGAGAUCAGCUAUGCAUUGGCGGGUCCGCUUACUGGCGGAGGACAUUCCAACAUAUACAAUGAUAUCAAUGUGUAUAAACUUGCAUUGAAUUUCACCAUGAAGACCGAGGAUGCCGAAAUCGCUAUUGAAGAACCCGUCUUAUUCAAAUCCUUUGAUCUGAAAAAAUUGGGCUCGAAUCCUUUCAACUUGCCGUGGUGUGUUAGAGGACUCUUUUUUGAAGCCAUGCGAAAAUUAUACAGGGGAAACCAUGAAAUUGAGAUGGUUUUCAAAGAGUUCGAUGAGUGGAAUCCAGAGUCAAAGGCUUUGAAGGACCUCAAAUACAGGCUUAAUGGAAUUAAGGCCAAGCUAUAA